GUAGAGUUUGAUUCAAGUGUAAAAACCGAUGAAGGAGAAACCUGGCAGUACCCGGAAGCGCUGCUCAAACCGUGACGCUCUUCAUUCAAGCUUUUAUAUAAAUGACUACACUGCUUAUUUAGACAUUCACCAGAUACAGUAAUUAUUAACAUCUCGAGGUAAACGCAGCAGCCAUGGCGGGCCGGCUCCCGGCUUGUGUAGUGGACUGUGGCACGGGGUACACAAAGCUCGGAUAUGCUGGAAACACAGAGCCACAGUUCAUCAUUCCCUCAUGUAUUGCAAUCAAAGAGUCAGCCAAAGUGGGGGACCAGGCUCAGCGGAGGAUGAUGAAGGGAGUGGAUGAUCUGGACUUCUACAUUGGAGAUGAAGCAAUCGAUAAACCCUCCUAUGCCACCAAGUGGCCUAUUCGUCACGGUAUAGUGGAGGACUGGGACCUGAUGGAACGCUUCAUGGAGCAGAUCAUCUUCAAGUAUCUGCGGGCAGAACCUGAAGACCACUACUUCCUCCUGACAGAGCCUCCCCUGAACACUCCGGAGAACAGGGAGUACACGGCUGAGAUCAUGUUUGAGUCUUUCAACGUCCCAGGUCUCUACAUCGCUGUGCAGGCCGUGCUGGCGCUGGCUGCCUCAUGGACGUCUCGACAGGUGGGAGAGAGGACUCUGACCGGGACAGUGAUCGACAGCGGGGAUGGGGUCACUCAUGUCAUCCCUGUGGCUGAAGGCUAUGUGAUCGGCAGCUGUAUAAAGCACAUUCCCAUCGCGGGCCGGGACAUCACCUACUUCAUCCAACAGCUGCUCCGAGAGAGGGAGGUGGGCAUCCCCCCGGAGCAGAGCCUGGAGACCGCCAAGGCCGUCAAGGAGCGCUUCAGCUACGUGUGCCCAGACCUGGUCAAAGAAUUCAACAAGUACGACACGGACGGCUCCAAGUGGAUCAAGCAGCACACUGGGGUCAACGCCAUCACCAAGAAGGAGUUCAGCAUCGACGUGGGGUACGAGCGCUUCCUGGGGCCAGAGAUCUUCUUCCACCCAGAGUUUGCCAAUCCAGAUUUCACCCAGCCCAUCUCAGAGGUGGUGGACGAGGUCAUCCAGAACUGCCCCAUAGACGUGCGGCGCCCCCUGUAUAAGAACAUCGUGCUGUCCGGAGGAUCCACCAUGUUCAGAGACUUUGGGAGACGUCUGCAGAGGGACCUGAAGAGAACUGUGGACGCAAGACUUAAAAUCAGUGAGGAGCUCAGCGGAGGCAAGCUCAAGCCUAAACCCAUUGACGUACAAGUCAUCACUCAUCACAUGCAGAGGUACGCCGUGUGGUUCGGAGGCUCCAUGCUGGCUUCAACUCCGGAGUUCUACCAAGUGUGCCACACCAAGAAGGACUACGAGGAGAUCGGGCCCAGCAUCUGUCGCCACAACCCCGUCUUUGGAGUCAUGUCUUAGGCCGACCAAUCACG